AUGAUGUGUGUAUCUGGUCAGGCAAGUGACCAAGAGAUGUUUUGGCGUGAGCUUCAGGACUAUCUCGAGUCCCGAGUCACAGAAUAUGUCAAGCAACCUUACAAUUACCGAGAAAGCUUCCUUGUCGUCGGGUCAGGCGAGGCUGCGGAUCACCCAAAAGCUGUAGAAGCGAUCAGGAGAAUAAUUACAGACAUGCAAAAAGACCCAGCUUGUAGGGUUACCGAGACUGGAAUGGCUCCGAGGAUUGAGCUGCACAUCGCUGAAGAUCCAACGUUGAAUAUCAGGGUUGUCUUUGUAAAAUACUUCAAAGAGUUGCCCCCACUUCAGAGGCAUCAUGAAAGUCCAACGUUGAAUCAGUGGCCUCCAUCUGCGCCGGACGAUCUGUUGCAAGUACGGGGUUACAUUACGCGUCUUGUUACUUCAGGGCACACCGAGCUCAAGCGGGUCAGGUUCUAUGCCGAAACGGUACAUGUGCUACCAAGGUCUCCUUGGAACAGAGCAAUCUCGUUGAAAUGGGGCACCGACAGGGAGUUGGAUGAGCUUGAGCAUAUGCUGAAGAAUCCCGGCCACCAUAUCACCGCGCUCUUCUACGAGAUUCCAAGCAAUAUCAACUUCAUCUCACCGAAUCUCGGGCAAAUCCGGCUACUAGCUGACGAGUACAACUUCAUCGUUGUUUGCCACGAGACUCCGGGUAACUUUGUCAAUCUUGACAAGCUGCCCUUCGUGGACGUAGACUUGAUCAUCUUGUCCGAGAUGCUCAGCGGGGCUACAGAUGUAACGGGCGGCAGGUUUGACACGCCCUUUCCGUCAACAACGUGGUAUGAAAAAUGCCAAGGAGUCUACAUCAUCCAAGCGUUGUGGUGA